AUGCAAGGGCCAGUUGUGGUAGGUGUUACUGUGCCAAGUGACGUCACAGUUCAGCAGGAAGGUACUGCAACUCUCAUCUGUCGGCUUGAAUCUCCUAUUAACGGCUUGGCUCUGUGGCUCGAGGGUGCAACUGCAUUUGCUGAUAAAGACCAAGUACUUCCUGAUGCACCAGCCAAAUAUUCAAACUUUGAGAUUGUCAAUGAUGAUACUGCAAUUGGUCAGAUGGACCUCCGCAUAAACAAUGCACAGUAUGAAGACAGGGGAACAUACACCUGCCAGUUUGGUGGAACUCCUGACGGUUCAGCAACACUGGAGAUACAAGUUCCCGCCACUAGUCUGACCAUAGCAGUAAACGGAACCACACAAUCUCCUGAUGCCGCAGUGAUAGUGACAGCAGGCACACAAGUCACCCUCGUCUGUACAUCACUUGGAGCCAAACCUAAGGUGACCCUAGACUGGUUCAAAGGCAGCGAACCUCUCGGUCCAGACACUGAAACGAUACCAUCAGGUGGCGAGGCAACAGACACACAGAAAAUUCCCCUGAACCCAGUAGCCACAAGUGUGGUUUACGAAUGUGUGGCUGACAGAGACGCCCCAGUGCCUGCUGCAUCAUCGCAGGGAGUAGCGUACGGCAAUGUGGGACCCAACCUCUCAUUCCCACGAGAUCUCGUGGGGAUCGAGAAGGAACUGGGACGUGGUGCGUUUGGGAAGGUGCUGCUUGGUACAGCUCGUGGAAUCGAACAGGCCGGGAAAGUCUCAAAAGUUGCCGUCAAGACUCUCAAAGAGGGUGCUGACAGGCAGGCAAAGAUGGAGCUUUUGGCCGAGCUGGAUCUCAUGAAAAAAUGUGUGCAUCGUGACCUGGCUGCCCGUAACGUGCUGGUGGGCGAUGACUUGGUCUGUAAGGUGUCUGACUUUGGGCUGGCCCGUGACGUCAUGAACAUCCGUAUCUACCAACGAGAGUCACAGGUAUAG